AUGACGUUAAUUCAGAUAAGACGGAUCCUUGAUGACCUUGAUGCCAAGCACACCGACCUGAUUUGCCUGUUCCUCUGUUUCAUCACAGCGCUGUGCGAUAGUAGUGCCUACAGUGUGUGGUCGUGCUAUUUGGGCUUGCAGACAGGAAACACGAUCACACUCGGCCUUGGGGCUUCCGGCCAGCCCAAAUCCAAGCCAUUCGGCUGGCUCAAGUCACUGGUCUUGAUAUCUUCAUUCAUGGCCGGCGCGUUCACCUUUGCCAACGGAUUGCGCCUCCUCGGUCCGCGCCGGGCCGUCACGCUCAGUUUCUCGUUCCUCGUUCAAGCCUCCCUGAUCAUCAUCGCCAGCGCUCUUAUCGAAGCAGAUCUCAUUCAGCAUACCUCUGCGGCGACCUCGCUAACAGGCGGCCCACUCUUUCUCGAGCUCAUCCCAAUCGCACUCUUGGCGUUUCAGUCGGCAGGCUGUCUGGCCGCGAGUCGCUUCCUGGGAUUCAACGAGAUCCCGAUCGUCGUGUUGACGAGUGUGUACUUCGAUAUCGCCUCCGAUCCGCAUCUGUUGACCUCGUUGUUGAAGAAUGCACCGAGAAACCGGCGCCUGUGCGGUGCGGUGUUGUAUGUGGUCGGUGCCAUCUGCGGAGGGUGGUUGAGUCUCAGCGCUGGUGGUAUGCAGUCGGCCUUGUGGAUUGCGGCCGCGCUGAAGCUAGGGUUAGCGGUUGUGUGGCUGUUCUGGACGAAGGAGCAAGGUUGA